CUUUGUGCCCACCCAGGUUUACGCCUCCAUGAAUAUCUGUAUUUCCAAGUGCUGAGCCCCGGAGACAUCCGCUACAUCUUCACUGCAACCCCAGCCAAGGACUUCGGUGGCGUGUUUAACACAAGGUACGAGCAGAUCCACCUGGUCCCAGCGGAUCCCCCUGAAGCCUGUGGAGAGCUGAAUAAUGGUGUCUUCAUCCAGGACCAGAUCGCUUUGGUGGAGAGGGGGGGCUGCUCGUUCCUGUCGAAGACGCGGGUGAUCCAGGAGCACGGCGGGCGGGCGGUCAUCAUCGCGGAUAACGCCUAUGAGAACGACAGCUUCUACAUCGAGAUGAUCCAGGACAGCACCAGGCGCACGGCGGACAUCCCAGCGCUCUUCCUGCUGGGCAGGGACGGGUACAUGAUCAGACGCUCCCUGGAGCAGCAUGGACUUCCCUGGGCUGUCAUCUCCAUUCCUGUCAACGUCACCAGCAUCCCCACGUACGAGAUGAUGCAGCCCCCUUGGACCUUCUGGUAGCUGCAGAGGCUGUGGCAGAUUGAGGACUUCUUGGUGGAUCCCAGGAGCUUGUCCCAGUGAUGGGGUUUGAGGAAAGGCUCCCGACAUGCUCCAGAGACCCCAGCAUGCUCCAGAGAUUCCCCCACUGGAUUCAGCAG